GUAGCACAGACCGGAGUUUCUAGGCUAAUUCCAGAAUUUCAAAAUUAGGUUCUAGUAAAAGUACCUCGAACCCACUCAAUCAACAGCAGCAGCGAUUCACGCACAGAGAAAGCUAGUAAUUAGGCAUCUGAAUCCAUACAACUGCACUCAAGUGAAAAAUGUCGGUUACUCUUCACACUAAUCUCGGAGACAUCAAGUGCGAAAUCGCCUGUGAUGAAGUGCCUAAGGCAUCAGAGAAUUUUCUUGCAUUAUGUGCAAGCGGAUACUAUGAUGGCACCAUUUUCCACAGAAACAUAAAGGGAUUUAUGAUCCAAGGCGGAGAUCCCACUGGGACUGGCAAAGGAGGGACAAGUAUUUGGGGCAAAAAGUUCAAUGAUGAGAUACGUGAGUCUCUCAAGCACAAUGCCAGAGGGGUGCUAUCAAUGGCUAAUAGUGGGCCCAACACCAAUGGGAGCCAAUUCUUCAUUACUUAUGCUAAACAACCACAUCUCAAUGGGUUAUAUACUAUCUUUGGCAAAGUAAUUCAUGGGUUUGAAGUUCUUGAUCUCAUGGAAAAGACUCCAACAGCAGGAGCUGGGGACCGGCCACUGGCGGAGAUUAGGAUUAACCGUAUAACAAUUCAUUCUAAUCCACUAGCUGGCUAGACAGCAUAUCAGUUCAUGUGAUCUCAUAACUUGCAAAUUCACAAAUAUGGUCUGGAAAUUGGCUUGUAUGUGAUGACAUGGAUCCAGAACUAAAUUCUGAAUUUUGGUGCUUGAAGUUUACUUGCGAAUAUUUUUAUAAUCCUCAAGUCUUAAAAAGGUGGUUCAUUUCAUCUCACUAAUAUGUGAAGGAGGUGACUUUGUUGACCUAUUAACGUGGAUUUGGUUGAUUUGA